UGCGUUCCUCCUGAGCAGAAGCACGUGAUUAGGCGUGUUUACCUAUGGUACAAUGUAGCGUCUGAGACCAUCAACCUAGCCGAAUAAUCAAUUAUACGGUCACGUUUAGUAUCAGAAGCGGUUAUUGGAUUUACAUCAGGGCCUUCACUGACUAGUAACUGCUCAAUGCAUGCGAGAAAGGGGAAGUCGUGUGUGUAGCCUGAGGUCGAGCGAGCGAAGCAGACAGACGAGGGGAAAGAGUGGGCUCUUUUGAGGAUUACAGGACCACCAGAUGCAUUCCUAAAUCUCUGCUGCUAGCCUCAUUAUGGGCGUUAUAGAGGAGACCGACUUAGAGCAGGUGACCCUGGCUCUUUUGGAUGGUGCCAACGACAGAGAUCCAGUGGUGCAGGAACAGGUCAGGAAGUCCAUCUUGACACUGGGGAACCAGCAGCCUGAUAAAGUCCUGUCCAUGUGCCAGGACUACCUGCUCAAACAUCCCAAGCUGGUGGUCGGGCACAGAGUGGUGAUCUUGCAAACCAUUGAAUUGGUGGUGAAGAGCAGGAUUGAUGACGUCAGUUACCCCAAGAUCAAGAGUGUCAUACAGCUGGCAUCAGAUGAGAUGACUAAAUCAAAGGAGGUUGUCCCGGAAUGGCAGCAAGCAGCCAGUAAUAUUCUGGUUGCUGUGGGAAACAAAUAUAUUAAUGACAUCAUGGAGGAGAUACUCGGCAAGUUCCAGCCAGGAGUUUUGCCUCACUUUUUUGUGGUCCAAACUAUCCUUGGUGGGGUAAACUUGACAAAUUGCAUUCAUUUUCACUUCUAUAUUUGGCUGUUUUUGCCCCCAGCCAACACGUUCCCGGACCGUCUGAUGGUGUUUGUCCUCCAGAGGUUGGAGAACAGUAACGAAAGGAACAGAAUGGGCUCACUUGCUGUUCUCAGACACCUCAUCAACGCAUCCACCUCCAUUAUGGAAACCAAGAAGCUCCUAAUUCUAGCCAGCAUCAGGCAACCUCUGGCUGACCACAGCAAUAAGGUGAAGAAGAGAGUGGUGCAGGUGAUCAGUGCUAUGGCUCAUCAUGGUUACCUAGAGCUAGAGGGAGGAGACCUGCUUGUCCGUUUCAUCAUCCAGCACUGUGCUCUACCAGACACUUACCAUCGAGGACAGCGACCUCCAGACCCAGAGGAAGUGACCAAUGAGGCUCUGCGUAGCAUGUGUGAUAACACAUUGCAUCUUUUCACUACUACUGUGGGCCGCCUGACAGAUGUUCUAUGGCCUAUGUUGCUUUGCUACCUGACCCCAAAUCAGUACGCCAGCGCCACUACCCCCUUGUGCAAGAGUUUAAUUCUGCUGGCCAAUAAGAAACGAGCAGCCCAAGAAGCCAGCUUCAUCAUCAACUUCAAUGCACAAGGCUCUAGUCUUCCCUCACAAUAUAUCCUGAUGAUAAGGCUCUUGGUAAAUGCCGCAUUACCAUUUCGAUGCAGGGGGCACGGUGCUCCCUCCCUGAGUCUGCUCAAUGCUCUCAGCCCUAACAUUCACCCUAAAGCCGAGCCUCUGUGGGAAAACGAGAUUCCAAAGAUGCUCAGUUAUCUUGAAGAAUCAACAGAUGAUUCUCUGGAUAAAAAGAAGUGGGAAGAAAGUUUACUUCAGAUGCUGUCUAAAACUCUGGCAGCUAUUGACGACAGCCAGUGGACAGGUCAGCUUGCAGUAGAAGCUACACGAUACCUUCCUACCUACAACAAUGCUCUGGAGGAGAAGCGUUUUUUGUAUAGGUGUAUCGGUGUGAUUCUCCAGCAGUGCUAUAAUAAAGAGCUGGUCAGGAAACAGCUGCAGGAGAUCCUGAUCAGCACUCGUCACAAUGAUGCAAUCGAAAGAACGGGUGUUGCCAUGGGAAUCGGGCUGUGUGCCAGCAGUCAUCUCGAUGGCACUCUGGAAAAACUGGAGGAGUUUGGGAAGUCUGACGCCUUCAGGAAAGCCUCAGGGAUAUUUGGUCUUCUCAAAGAUAAAAACGAUGUUGAUGUGGAGAAAAUGAAAAGCACUCUCAUUUUGUGUUAUGGAUAUGUUGCGUUGCACGCUCCAGAAGAUCAGCUCCUCACUCGCAUAGACAGUGACAUUCUCCAAAACAUCUCCAAGAACUUCAACACCAAGGUUCUGGGAAUUAAAGUAGAGACCAAGGACCUGACUAUGAAGCUCAGUCUCAUUCAUAGUGUCGGACUCAUUGCCAAGGCCAUCAGCCAAAGUGUUCGUAAACAGGGCUUCCUGUUCUCCCGCAAACAAGAGCUGAUGGGCGUUAUGAUGGAUUUCAUAAAAGCAGAACCAACAGAUGUCAUGCGGACCCCUGUUCGCCAUCUUGUUUUGACCACAUGUGCCAACCUUAUAAACUUAGAUCCUCCUUUAACAGAAAAUGAAAUCUUUGACUUGUUAAAAACAUGUUUGAAUGGAGUUUAUGGGCUUCCUACUGUGGACACUCCAGACAAGGCUAAAGAUGAAGAAGCCCUGGACCCACAGCAAAGAGAGGUCUUAUAUUCAGAUACUUUUAAUGCUCUUCAUGAAUUGUUGAGGAAUGUGUUAGUCAGAGACUUGAGUCCUGAUGGUCUGCAAUCUGUGUUCAAGCAUAUAGAGAGCUGGCUGAGCUCAGGACAAGACCAUGAGCGGGAGAGGGCAGUAAAGACCACAGCAGAGUUACUGCAGUUCUACUUGGACAAUCUCAGUGUGAAGAAUCUGGUGACAUUCCAUAAUUUGGGAGCUCUUGUGGGGCGCCUGUCCCCACGGUGCACAGACCCAAACCCUGAGGUGCGACGAGCAGCUAUAGACUGCAUCUAUAGACUAAUGUACAUUCAGCUGCGCUAUGAAGGCUUUUCACUGGACUACAAGGAUGAUUCAGUUGAGGGCUUGUUAGAUGUUCGUGAGAAGCUAAGCAAUCCUGACCAUUCAGUUUUGUAUAAAACAUGCUCUGAACUGACUAAGAUCAUCAGUAAGCGUUUGCCCCAGCAGCAGUUGAGCACCCUGUUGUUUAUGCUAUUUGAUGGUUUGGUGGACUCUCAGUCCAACUGUUCCAGAGCAUCCAGCGUGAUCCUCAACACCUUGCUGAAGAACAGAGGUGCUGGCCUGCAGGAUCUGAUGACCUGUGCCCUGCGUGAGAUGAUGCUGAAUGGCCAGUCAGCUGACGCCGUGGCAUAUGUGUUUCCAAAGCUCUUCAGCUCUCUACUGGUGCGUUUGGGCUCCAGUGUGGGAGUUCAGCUACCUAAAGAUCUCAACAGCAACAGCAUCAUUUCAGACCGCAAAACAACCAACAAAAUUAAUGUGAUCAAUUUUGAUGUGUGUGGGGUGGCAGUGGAGGCCCUGCGGAUCCUGCUGGGUCGAGCUCAGCUGGACGCUAUGACCUGUGCCCUGCGUGAGAUGAUGCUGAAUGGCCAGUCAGCUGACGCCGUGGCAUAUGUGUUUCCAAAGCUCUUCAGCUCUCUACUGGUGCGUUUGGGCUCCAGUGUGGGAGUUCAGCUACCUAAAGAUCUCAACAGCAACAGCAUCAUUUCAGACCGCAAAACAACCAACAAAAUUAAUGUGAUCAAUUUUGAUGUGUGCGGGGUGGCAGUGGAGGCCCUGCGGAUCCUGCUGGGUCGAGCUCAGCUGGACGCUGUCAUGAAACCAUUAGAUCAGGAGGGAGCUUGGGACAAGAUGAAGGACCCGCAGCAGCACACAACAGGAGUCACUCUGCUCUCCAGAGCAAUGGCAAAGCAUGCUGGUCCAAGACUCCCUGCUAUUGUGGAAGGUCUGUGUCCUUCUCUCUGUAAUAUUUAUGAGUGCCAGAGGAUCACAGUCACAGCAUUCUUCUCUGAGCUGCUGAACCACCAUGUAGUGACUGAACUGAUGAUUUUGGACAUGUUGAUGAACAACAUGAUGGAAAGAAUUACUGACACCUGCGGUACGGUUCGCAUGCUGGCGGUCCGAGGCCUGGGGAACAUUGCUGUGGGCUCACCUGAAAAGGUGAAUAAAUAUGCAAAGGAGCUUUUAGCUGCCAUGAGUUCAGGUAUGGAAGAAAAGGACGAUCCAGGGAAACUCAUCACACUGGAGGCCAUGUCUGGAAUGUCCAAAAUAUUGCUUUACCUGGACCAAAAGAACGUCCACCUGCUUGUGGUUUACAUCUUCAUGAAGAUUAAACCAUUUCUGGAGAAUGAGAACGAUGAGAUCCGAUGCGCUUCCAUCAUGCUCCUGGGGAACCUGUCGAAGUUCGGUUCGGGUGAGCCCGUCUUUAAAGACCAGAUCCACAAUGUUCUGGUCAGCUUGCUGUUGCAUCUCAGUGACCCCAACCCUCAAGUGGUCAAGGCAUGCAAGUACUCCAUGCGCAUAUGUGCUCCAAUCGUAGGUUCAGAACAGAUCUCUGCCAUGUUCCAGAAUCAUCUUCUUGAGGAGAAGGGUCUGCAUUAUGGAGAGUUCAUUAAUGACCUCACUAAAUACCUAAUCCAGGAUUUUCCAGGCAUGCUGAACUUCUACCACAUCACAGUCAUUCAGUUCUUCAAGAGUAACUGGGCUGAGAUCAGAGCCAGUGCUGCCAUGUUUAUUGGGUUUUUGCUGGGGAACCUUCAUGAUGAGCAUUUCUCCCAUAUGAACAUGGGGUCAGUGACCAAAGGUCUGGUGAUGCUGCUGCAGGAUCCAGAUCCUCUCGUGCGAGUGAAAGCCGCUGAAGCCAUGGGUCAUUUUCACUGACGUUACCUCCACUCUAUAACCAAUCAGAUUAGUCUUAGAUUUUUGUUGCUUUGAAUUGAUGUGUUAUAAUAAACCUUGAAAGGUUUUUAUUAUUGACCAAAGACUGUGCACUAAUUCUGAAUGAAAGGAGAAGAAUAAAAUGGAGAAUUUAUUGAUGUUACAGCACUUUUAAGUUUCACCAGUGGCGCUUUUUAAUGUGAGGUAUGUACCUGUAAGCCCUUUAAAAAUUAGACUUACAAAAUUGUACGCAAGUACACUGAUAUUGCUGAUAUUACUUGCUUGACCAUUCCUGUAGCGUGCUAAAUGCAUAUCACCACUUUAAAUCAUUCAAUCAUUAAAAUGUAUGUAGGAUGAAUCAAUAGAUUUUAAACCAAAACCAAAAAGGUUAUUCUGGUAAUUAAAUCAAAUGUAGUGCUCAGUUAGAGUUUGAUCCCAUAAAAUCAGACCGUUGAGUCAUAUUGACCACCAUAAACCUUCAGCAAUAAAUCACCCUAAUAGGGAUGUGCAUUAGCAUUAACCGCAACUGUAAUCUCCUUUUGUGAAAUCACAAUCAAAAAUGAUAUUUAAAUAAGCAUUUGUAGUGUUUUUGCUGUGACGUCUGUGGCUCUGAAUAUGUCUCAUGCACUAGUGGAGCAAACACAAUUGUGCUUCCUUCUCGACCAAGUCAUAAAAGUAGAUAAAAACUGUGCCAAAACAGAGAUUUGUAAAGAAUAAAUUGUAUUAGAGUAGAUGUUUAAAGAUUUCUGACAUGUUUCAUACUCAUUUUGUGAAGCGUCUGUGUAGCUGAAACACCAGUGCCGGCCUUUCUAUGGCACUUGUCUUGUUCCGUUUUGUAAAUUGUAUGUUAAUUCACAAGUGUGGCCACUGUUUCAGAGUUUGAGCAUGAAGAGUGUUGACAUAAGUCAGUUAAAUACUUUUUUUUUUUAAAUCAUCUUAAUAAACAGGACAAAAUUGA